GGCUGCUAUAAAUGCACCUAUGCGAGCCCGGGGCCGGCACCGCGGCCAUGGCAGGCUGCAGCAUCCUCCUCCUCCUCCUCUCCCGGCGGCUCCCCGCCCGCACCUGCGGCCGCGCCGCGUCCUCGCUGAGCGCCCUGCGGCCGGCGGAGACGCUGCCCGGGCCGCCCAGCUGGCCGCUGAUGGGCAGCCUGCCCGACGUGCUCUGGAAGGGGGGGCUCAAGAGGCAGCACGAGACCCUGGCUCAGUACCACCGCAGGUUCGGCAAGAUUUUCCGCAUGAAGCUGGGCGCCUUCGACUCGGUGCACAUCGCGGCGCCGUGCCUGCUGGAGGCUCUGUACCGCCGCGAGAGCGCCUGCCCCCAGCGCCUGGAGAUCAAGCCCUGGAAAGCCUAUCGCGACUAUCGCGACGAGGCCUACGGGCUGCUCAUCCUGGAGGGGAAGGACUGGCAGAGGGUGAGAAGUGCCUUUCAGAAGAAGCUGAUGAAGCCCCGGGAAGUUGUGAAGCUGGACACGACCAUCAAUGAGGUCCUGGAGGACUUUAUGUACAGAAUAGAUGAAAUUUGUGACCACAAUGGACAGAUGGAAGACGUCUAUUCAGAAUUCAACAAAUGGUCUUUUGAAAGUAUCUGCCUGGUGCUGUAUGGGAAGAGGUUUGGCCUCCUGCAGCAGGACGUAGAAGAAGAAAGUCUGAACUUCAUCAAGGCUGUAAAAACGAUGAUGGCCACCUUCGGGAUGAUGAUGGUGACCCCUGUGGAGCUGCACAAGGGGCUCAACACCAAAGUCUGGCAAGCUCACACCAAAGCAUGGGAUGAUAUAUUUAAAACAGCCAAGCACUCCAUCGACAGCCGGCUGCAGAAGCACUCUGCCAACCCCCAGGGGGAUUUUCUGUGUGACAUCUACUCGGGGGGACAGCUGUCCAGGAAGGAGCUCUACGCGGCCAUCGCGGAGCUGCAGAUCGCGGGCGUGGAGACGACAGCCAACAGUUUGCUGUGGGCUCUGUACAACCUCUCCCGCAAUCCACACGUGCAGCAGAAGCUUUUCCAGGAAAUCCAGAGAGUUUUGGCUGCUCAGAAGAGCCCGAGUGCUGAGAGCCUGAGGAACAUGCCCUACCUAAAAGCCUGUCUGAAAGAAUCCAUGAGAUUAACCCCAUCAGUGCCUUUCACCACCCGCACCAUCGACACAGAAAUGGUGCUGGGAAAUUACAUGCUGCCCAAAGGGACCGUGCUGAUGAUCAACAGCCACGCCCUGGGCUGCAGCGAGGACUAUUUCAGGGGCUGGCCCGAGUUCCGGCCCGAGCGCUGGCUGCACAAGGGCUCCAUCCACCCCUUCUCCCACGUCCCCUUCGGCGUCGGCAGGAGGAUGUGCGUGGGGCGCCGCGUGGCCGAGCUGCAGCUGCACCUGGCCCUCUGCUGGCUGAUCCGCAGGUACCGCGUGGUGGCCACGGACCGCGCGCCGCUGGAGACGCUGCACUCGGGGAUCCUGAUCCCCAGCAGGGCCCUGCCCAUCGCCUUCCAGCCACGAGCAGGUUGCAAAAAUUAAAGGACAGCCCUGCUGCUGCUGCCUCCUCUUGAAAGAGAGACAUCAGCUGUGGGAGCCAAAGCUCCAGGGAAGAACUGCACCACAUCCCUUGAACAACUGCUGAGCCAGGAACAGCACCAGGAAAAGCUCCCAGACCCUUUUAUUGGGAAAAAUGUGCUUAAAAGGAGAGGAAAAUACCAAGUGCUUUCCUAGAGCUGUGGAAAUCCAGGGAUUUAGUGCAGGACGAGGAGCCCUGGGGGGUGUUGAACAGCCCAGUUUGGGGAGAGCUGCCUCCAGUUUGGGACCAGUCAGGGCUGGGCUGGCCCUGGGAGCUCGGAGUGGGAGAGGAAACUGCCUCAGUCCUUCUCAAAUUACCAGAGAAGGGAGUUGGGAGUCUGGAAAAAGGCUAAAACAGGGCUGGGAAAUUGGGAUCAGGAAAGAAAUAGAUUUCCUUGGCAUUCUUCAUUUCCUGGGUAGGAGGGAAAUAGGGACAAAUGCACCUGGCAGGAUUUCUGGCUUGCUUUGAGCAGUUGCAGCCUGUGCCUGACACAGCCUCUGCCCUUCCCCAUGGAUUUCCAUCCCUCAGCUCCUGCACCACCCAUUUUAUCCCACUUUUAUUGUAAAGGCUUCGUGGCCUUUCAUAGCAUGAGAAGAAAUGGAACCUCUGGAAUCCUAUGGGUUCUGCCUCUGCAGGGUGAUGAUGAUCCUAACAGGAUACUUACAUGAGAUGAACACAAAAUUAUGCUUCCAAGAACAAUUCCGCAGGAAAUGAGGACCCUAAACAUUUCCAGGGGGUUUAUUUCUCGUGGAUACUGCAAUAUCUAAAGGUUCAAAUUGUCACUGCCCUCCAUGCAAUACUGGAUUUUGGCUGUUAUGGUCGCUGGUUUUACACUUUUGCAGUUUCAAGCACAGCUUUAUUUCUAUAUAUAACCCUGAAUUUAUUUUUUUACAGGCUGAAAUGAUGCAAGUUCUUGGUACUUGUUGGUCUGCCUCUUGUUUUUCAUUUGUUUCUUCUCCUCUGUUAUGCUCAGACAUGUAAAUCUACCCCCAUAACAAUGUAUAAAACAAUUUGUGCAUUAUCUGAAUAUUUCUAGGCAGUUUUGUAAGA